AGAGAGCAGCAGCACAGGAGUUGGAGGCGGGAGGGGCAGAGACAGAGGGAGAGAAUCCCAAGUAGGCUCUGUGCUCUCAGCAUGCAGAACCCGCCGUGGGGCUCCAUCCAGCACUGUGGGAUCAUGACCUGAGCCAAAAUCGGGAGUCAGAGGCUUAACCGACUGAACCACCGAGGCGCCCCAACAGCUUCUACACCAAUGAAAGGUUCCCCCUCUGUCAGCUGCAAAUUUUGGGAAAGGUGGCAGUAGGCCCGCAUGGUGUUCUCAGGCCCCGCCCAGACCUAAAGGGACCACAAGAGGUGCAGCACUUCCCAGAAGUUUCUCCAGGGGAAAUGUGUCCACAAUGCGGACUCGUAGAGAGCCCUGGGCUGGCUAACAGCGCCGCUCCUGAUUGGGUGCCUGCCGCGCGCUCUGGCGUGCUUUGAGCUUGCGCAGAACGACCCGGCAGGUAGUGGCAAUGUCCGGCCGGUCCAAGCGUGAGUCUCGUGGUUCCACCCGCGGGAAGCGCGAGUCCGAGUCGAGGGGCAGCUCGGGUCGCGUCAAGCGGGAGCGAGAUCGGGAGCGGGAGACAGAGGCGCCGAGCUCCCGGGGCAGCCCAGUGCGUGUGAAGCGGGAGGUCGAGCCUGUGAGCGCGCGCGAGGCCCCGACGCCGGUCGUCCCGGCGGUGCGAGUGAAGCGGGAGCGCGAGGCCGACGAGGACUCCGAGCCUGAGCGGGAGGUGCGAGCAAAGAAUGGCCGCGUGGAUUCUGAGGACCGGAGGAGCCGCCAUUGCCCGUACCUGGAUACCAUUAACAGGAGUGUGCUGGACUUUGACUUUGAGAAACUGUGUUCCAUCUCCCUUUCACAUAUCAAUGCAUAUGCCUGUCUGGUGUGUGGCAAGUACUUUCAGGGCCGGGGUUUGAAGUCUCAUGCCUACAUUCACAGUGUCCAGUUUAGCCACCAUGUCUUCCUCAACCUCCACACCCUCAAGUUUUACUGCCUUCCAGAUAACUAUGAGAUCAUCGAUUCCUCGCUGGAGGAUAUCACAUAUGUGUUGAAGCCCACUUUCACAAAGCAGCAGAUUGCAAACUUGGACAAGCAAGCCAAAUUGUCCCGGGCAUAUGAUGGGACCACUUAUCUGCCGGGUAUCGUGGGCUUGAAUAACAUAAAGGCCAAUGACUAUGCCAACGCUGUCCUUCAGGCUUUGUCUAAUGUUCCUCCUCUCCGGAACUACUUCCUGGAAGAAGACAAUUAUAAGAACAUCAAGCGUCCUCCAGGGGAUAUCAUGUUCUUGUUGGUCCAGCGUUUUGGAGAGCUGAUGAGAAAGCUCUGGAACCCCCGAAAUUUUAAGGCACACGUGUCUCCCCAUGAGAUGCUUCAGGCUGUUGUCCUUUGCAGCAAGAAGACCUUUCAGAUCACCAAGCAAGGGGAUGGAGUUGACUUUCUGUCCUGGUUUCUGAAUGCUCUACACUCAGCUCUGGGGGGCACAAAGAAGAAAAAGAAGACCAUUGUGACUGAUGUUUUCCAGGGUUCCAUGAGGAUCUUCACUAAAAAGCUGCCUCAUCCUGAUCUGCCAGCAGAAGAAAAAGAGCAGCUGCUGCAUAAUGAUGAGUACCAGGAGACAAUGGUGGAGUCCACCUUCAUGUACCUGACACUGGAUCUCCCUACUGCUCCCCUCUACAAGGACGAGAAGGAGCAGCUCAUUAUCCCUCAGGUGCCGCUCUUCAACAUCCUGGCCAAAUUCAACGGCAUCACCGAGAAGGAAUAUAAGACCUACAAGGAAAACUUUCUAAAGCGCUUCCAGCUCACCAAGCUGCCUCCGUAUCUAAUCUUUUGUAUUAAGAGAUUCACUAAGAACAAUUUCUUUGUGGAGAAGAAUCCAACUAUUGUCAACUUCCCUAUUACAAAUGUGGAUCUGAGAGAAUACUUGUCUGAAGAAGUACAAGCAGUACACAAAAAUACCACGUACGACCUCAUCGCCAACAUCGUCCAUGAUGGCAAGCCCUCUGAGGGCUCCUACCGGAUCCAUGUGCUUCAUCAUGGGACAGGCAAAUGGUAUGAAUUACAAGACCUCCAGGUGACUGACAUCCUUCCCCAGAUGAUCACGCUGUCGGAGGCUUACAUUCAGAUUUGGAAGAGGCGAGAUAAUGAUGAGACCAACCAGCAGGGGGCUUGAAGGAGGAGUUUAGGGCUUUGCUCCCUGGGGCUUUGGCUGAAGAUGUAGUAGUAUCAAAGUUAUUGCUGAACGUAGGCUGACUGGCACAUUCCCUGGGCCAACCCGUUUUGUGGGUUCUGGUUCACAUCAGAGCGUCAGAGGGGCCCACCCACCUGGGAUGGCUCUGGGCUGCCACCCGGCUGCUCUUUCAUCAGGUGAUUAUAGAUCGAUGCUCCUUUCUCCUUUCUGUCUAGCUCCCCCUGGCUUCAGCAGGCCAGAACUCUUUUUACAGAUGUGUGUAAUUUAUUUCUGGGUAUCUGGGAGUAGCUGAAGGACCAGAUAAUAUCUUCUAAGCAUCAGAGCCUCAGGAUUCUAGGAAUAAGAGCAUGAAGCCAGCAACAUCCUUCUUCCAUCAUAGGUAUUUUUCCCGUGGUUCCUGAUGUGUUUUUUGGAGUGGAUUAAAUGUUUUCCUGUUUUUAAA